CCACUCACGCCAUCCGAAUAUCACGCCUCCAUUUCAUUGAUUACCGUAGUUGUUAAGAGUUUGUCUUCAUCGGCAAAAGAAUUAACCGAGUGAUGAGGAACUGAUACUGCGUUGUAGUCAGCACUUUCACCAUGGCACAGUGUAGCAAGUUGCUUCUACUAACUUUCUUGGUCUCUCUGAGCAUCCUACACUGCAACACUAAACCGUUAAUGGUCAAGAAUGCAAACGCUUUCCAAACUGACUUCUAUCGUCCGCGGCACAAAGAUGGUUUCAUAGUUAGGAUGGAGAAGAAGAUUGUGGGAGGGAUGGAAUCUUCCCUGGCGGGUGUGUUCGAGUCAUGUAGCAGCUGUAAGUUGGCUGCCGACUUGCUCCAAGAGUUGCACAAUAAGCACGGCGACGUUAUGUCAGCGAUGGAUUGGAUCUGCACACACUUCCACAUAGAAACGGCGGAAGUCUGUGAAGGAAUGAAGAAAUUAUUUAAGGAUGAGAUGGAUGCGAUCCUUGAAUUGUCUCUUUCAUCUAGCCAAAUAUGUGGCAUCAUUGUAGGACCACAAUGUUCGUCUGAUGCUGACCCAUUCCAAAGCUGGUCAAUCGAUCUGCCUCAUACUAAGAAACCACCAGUUGAACCAAUUCCAACACCAAAGCCAGAUGCACCCAAGCUUCGAGUUCUGCAUCUGACAGAUAUACACUUCGAUCCGUUCUAUCUACCCGGAUCCAAUGCUGAAUGCAACCACCCUCUCUGCUGUCGGGAAGGAUCCCCGAAAGCCGGAUCUGAGGGUGCGGGAAAAUGGGGCGACUAUAGGAACUGUGACAUGCCGAUGUGGACGUUACAAAAGGCGUUGGAGCACAUCUCCAAGCAUGAAAAGUUUGACUACAUCAUGUGGACAGGGGACCUACCACCGCAUGAUGUCUGGAUGCAGACACGUGAGAGUCAGUUAGCUAUCAUCCGUAAUGUAACUGAGCUGAUGCUGCAGUACUUCCCUGGAAAACCCAUCUUUCCUGCACUUGGAAAUCACGAAGGAAACCCAGUGAACAGUUUUCCUCCAGACUACGUCACUGGGAACGAUUCCAUGGCUUGGCUGUAUGACGUUCUGGCAGAGACAUGGACAGCUAGUUGGCUUCCUAGCAGUGUCAAAACCUCUGUCAAACAUGGCGCCUACUAUUCCAUUCAGCUGGGCAAGAAACUUAGGCUGCUAUCACUGAAUAUGAACUACUGCAAUGACAUGAACUGGUGGCUGAUGAUAAACAUGACUGAUCCUAAUGGAGAAUUGGCCUGGCUCAUUAACCAACUACAGGAUGCUGAAAAUGUCGGCGAUAAGGUCCACAUUAUCGGUCACAUUCCACCAGGAACGAAUGACUGCUUAAAAGCGUGGAGUAACAACUACUAUAAGAUAAUUAACAGGUACGAGAGCACGGUGAGGGCUCAGUUCUUCGGACACACGCACCGCGACCACUUCCAGCUGUUCUACGACGACGCGGCGGGGGAUCUGCCGCGGCGCGCGACCUCCGUCGCCUACAUCGCUCCGUCGCUGACACCCUACACUCAGAUGAACAUCGGCUACCGCGUCUACACACUAGAUGGCGCUCACGCGGCGAGCUCGCACAUCGUGCUCGACCACGAGACGCGAGUCGCCAACCUCAGUGAGCUGAACCGCAGCGACGGUGGUGACGUCGAGUGGCAGCUCGAGUACACGGCACGCGACGCGUACAAGAUGGCGUCGCUGCGGCCGAGCGACUGGGACGACCUCGUCGAUCGCAUGGAGAAGGACGACGACCUGUUCAUGCAGUACUUCAGGUACAGUUACAAGCUACACAGGGACGUUUGUGACAGUGACUGUAAGAAAGCAGAGAUCUGUUUGUUGCGUUCUGGCAAGUCGUGGAGUGCAAAGGAACUGUGUAGCAAAGGCUAACAUCAUCACAUGAGGCUGAUUUUAUUCUACGUUUUUACCAGGCGACCUACCCACAGUUUCUUAAAACGUUAAUAAAAUUUCGAGUUA